AUCCAAGGUAAUGUAAAUACCUGUAACAGAACUUUGAGUUUAUCUCAAUAAUUAUUGUAUUGUGAGGUCAAUAGACUCUUCCUGAAGUACAUUUGUACUGUAGACUUUAAAAUCUGAUGGAAUGUAAGAAAUAUACCUCUUCUGUCUCUCAUGUCCCCACAAUAAAGUGGUCGGGGCCUAGAGUGUUACCUUUAAUCUGUCAAAUCACAGAUUGUUUGUCAGUCCUUCACUUAUCUAUGCUAGUAUUUUUUGUGAAUUUUUGUUUUUGUUUUGAGUCAAAGAUCACUGCUGUGCAGCUGAAACAAAAAAUUACAUGCAAUGUACACUUUUCUUGAAUUUUGACAUGUUUUGGAGUCAACAUAUUUUUGGCAUGAGUGUGCCAUGGAUAUAUCUGUUGUGAUAGGAUGCUGAUAGUUUGCAUGAAAAUUGCAUCAAUGCUAUGUAUUUAAUAAGAUUUCUUUUGUAUUACAAAGAUUGUAUUCAAUUUUUCAAAAUUUGAGCUGUUGGAUUUUUGCUAAAAUUUAAAUUUAUCAGAGAGCAGGGGCAUACCUAGGUAAAUGUUUCACAACAUAUUUCUGAUUUAUAUAAUAAAAUACAUGCUCGUCAGCCACCGGCUGUUAGACCUUGGAAUUUUCUUGCCUUUGAUUGAUAACUUUGACCAGUUUAAUGGUCAUUUUAACUUAUAACGCGCAUAUAAUAGCCAGUUCAAUGGUCACUGUGAAAUAUAGGGACCAGAUCAGUGGUCACUUCGUGAAAUGUAGGGACCAGUUCAGUGGUCAAUUCAGACUUGGCAGUAUUUAUCCUGCAGGAAGCCCAGGGCACCAACACAUAAUCUCUGUCUCGGUGUGGUACAGGCUGUCUCGGUGUGGUACAGGCUGUCUCAGUGUGGUGCAGGCUGUCUCAGUGUGGUACAGACUGUCUCAGUGUGGUACAGACUGUCUCAGUGUGGUACAGACUGUCUCAGUGUGGUACAGACUGUCUCAGUGUGGUGUAGGCUGUCUCAGUGUGGUACAGACUGUCUCAGUGUGGUGUAGGCUGUCUCAGUGUGGUACUGGCUGUCUCAGUGUGGUACAGGCUGUCUCAGUGUGGUACAGACUGUCUCAGUGUGGUACAGGCUGUCUCAGAGUGGUGCAGGCUGUCUCAGAGUGGUACAGGCUAUCUCAGAGUGGUACAGACUGUCUCAGUGUGGUACAGGCUGUCUCAGUGUGGUACAGGCUGUCUCGGUGUGGUACAGACUGUCUCAGUGUGGUACAGGCUGUCUCAGAGUGGUACAGACUGUCUCAGUGUGGUACAGACUGUCUCAGAGUGGUGCAGGCUGUCUCAGUGUGGUACAGACUGUCUCAGAGUGGUACAGACUGUCUCAGUGUGGUACAGACUGUCUCAGUGUGGUACAGACUGUCUCAGUGUGGUACAGACUGUCUCAGUGUGGUACAGACUGUCUCAGAGUGGUGCAGGCUGUCUCAGUGUGGUACAGACUGUCUCAGUGUGGUACAGGCUGUCUCAGUGUGGUACAGGCUGUCUCAGUGUGGUACAGGCUGUCUCAGUGUGGUACAGGCUGUCUCAGAGUGGUGCAGGCUGUCUCAGAGUGGUGCAGGCUGUCUCGGUGUGGUACAGGCUGUCUCAGAGUGGUACAGGCUGUCUCAGAGUGGUGCAGGCUGUCUCAGUGUGGUACAGGCUGUCUCAGUGUGGUACAGGCUGUCUCAGUGUGGUACAGACUGUCUCGGUGUGGUGCAGGCUGUCUCGGUGUGGUACAGACUGUCUCGGUGUGGUGCAGGCUGUCUCAGAGUGGUACAGACUGUCUCAGAGUGGUGCAGGAUGUCUCGGUGUGGUACAGGCUGUCUCGGUGUGGUACAGACUGUCUCGGUGUGGUGCAGGCUGUCUCAGUGUGGUACAGGCUGUCUCAGAGUGGUACAGACUGUCUCAGUGUGGUACAGGCUGUCUCGGUGUGAUACAGGCUGUCUCGGUGUGGUGCAGACUGUCUCAGUGUGGUGCAGGCUGUCUCAGUGUGGUGCAGGCUGUCUCAGUGUGGUGCAGGCUGUCUCGGUGUGGUGCAGACUGUCUCAGUGUGGUGCAGGCUGUCUCAGUGUGGUGCAGGCUGUCUCAGUGUGGUGCAGGCUGUCUCAGUGUGGUACAGACUGUCUCAGUGUGGUACAGGCUGUCUCAGUGUGGUACAGGCUGUCUCAGUGUGGUACAGGCUGUCUCAGUGUGGUACAGGCUGUCUCAGUGUGGUACAGGCUGUCUCAGUGUGGUGCAGGCUGUCUCGGUAUGGUACAGGCUGUCUCGGUAUGGUGCAGGCUGUCUCAGUGUGGUGCAGGCUGUCUCAGUGUGGUACAGGCUGUCUCAGUGUGGUGCAGGUUGUCUCAGUGUGGUACAGGCUGUCUCAGUGUGGUGCAGGCUGUCUCAGUGUGGUACAGACUGUCUCAGUGUGGUGUAGGCUGUCUCAGUGUGGUACAGGCUGUCUCAGUGUGGUACAGGCUGUCUCAGAGUGGUACAGGCUGUCUCAGUGUGGUACAGGCUGUCUCGGUGUGGUACAGACUGUCUCGGUGUGGUGCAGGCUGUCUCAGUGUAGUACAGGCUGUCUCAGAGUGGUACAGACUGUCUCAGUGUGGUACAGGCUGUCUCGGUGUGGUAUAGGCUGUCUCAAAGUGGUACAGGCUGUCUCGGUGUGGUACAGGCUGUCUCGGUGUGGUACAGACUGUCUCGGUGUGGUGCAGGCUGUCUCGGUGUGGUACAGGCUGUCUCAGAGUGGUGUAGGCUAUCUCAGUGUGGUACAGACUGUCUCAGUGUGGUGCAGGCUGUCUCAGUGUGGUACAGACUGUCUCAGUGUGGUACAGGCUGUCUCAGUGUGGUGUAGGCUGUCUCAGUGUGGUGUAGGUUGUCUCAGUGUUGUACAGGCUGUCUCGGUGUGGUACAGACUGUCUCGGUGUGGUGCAGGCUGUCUGAGUGUGGUGCAGGCUGUCUCAGUGUGGUGCAGGCUGUCUCAGUGUGGUACAGACUGUCUCAGUGUGGUACAGACUGUCUCAGUGUGGUACAGACUGUCUCAGUGUGGUGUAGGCUGUCUCAGUGUGGUACAGGCUGUCUCAGUGUGGUACAGACUGUCUCAGUGUGGUACAGACUGUCUCAGUGUGGUACAGACUGUCUCAGUGUGGUGUAGGCUGUCUCGGUGUGAUACAGGCUGUCUCGGUGUGGUACAGGCUGUCUCGGUGUGGUGCAGGCUGUCUCAGUGUGGUGCAGGCUGUCUCAGUGUGGUGCAGGCUGUCUCAGUGUGGUGCAGACUGUCUCAGUGUGGUACAGGCUGUCUCAGUGUGGUACAGGCUGUCUCAGUGUGGUACAGGCUGUCUCAGUGUGGUGCAGGCUGUCUCGGUGUGGUGCAGGCUGUCUCGGUGUGGUACAGGCUGUCUCGGUGUGGUGCAGGCUGUCUCGGUGUGGUACAGGCUGUCUCAGUGUGGUGCAGGUUGUCUCAGUGUGGUGCAGGCUGUCUCAGUGUGGUACAGACUGUCUCAGUGUGGUGUAGGCUGUCUCAGUGUGGUACAGGCUGUCUCAGUGUGGUACAGGCUGUCUCAGAGUGGUACAGGCUGUCUCAGUGUGGUACAGGCUGUCUCGGUGUGGUACAGGCUGUCUCGGUGUGGUACAGACUGUCUCGGUGUGGUGCAGGCUGUCUCGGUGUGGUACAGGCUGUCUCAGAGUGGUGCAGGCUGUCUCAGAGUGGUGCAGGCAUGAUAGAGAAGAAUGAGUUUAUCAUAUGUUGGUAAUUUUACUCUGAAAAGCAAGAUGUUGGUGGGCUUUUUGUUGGAUAAAUAGGGUAGUUAUAGCUGUACGAUAUAUUUUUAUAUACAUUUUUAUUAUUGUAUGCAGUCUUCAGCAGCAUUCAUCUGCUAAAUUACCAUAUGUGAGAAUUUUACUUGUAGACAAAACAUAUUUCUUUGUGGUAUUUUUAAAUAAAAAAUAAAUAAAUAAAUGAUACCCUG